UUCAUCAUAAACUAUUCUAAAGCUUUCAUUGCGCAUUACAACGCGAAGUAUAAUGGUCAUUUGGAUUAAUGAUAACGUGCAAUUGUUUGUUAUAAUUUUGUGAAAAUAAAUAUGUAAUAUUAAUAACACUAAUAUAAUUGCUAAAAUGGGUCUUUUAGUCAGAAGAAUUAAUAAUAUAUUAGGAAUAAUGUCUGGAACUCCUUGCAAGAAUUACAAACGACCAUUUACUGUUUGUGUUGAAGGUAAUAUUGGAAGUGGAAAAACCACAUUUUUAAAUCAUUUUAAAAAUUAUGACAAUACAGUUGUUUUACAAGAACCAGUUGAAUUAUGGCGCAAUGUUGCAGGAGUAAAUUUAUUAGAAAUCAUGUAUAAGGAUCCAAGGCGUUAUGCUUGUAUAUUCCAAUCUUAUGUACAAUUAACGAUGCUCCAAUUGCAUACUUAUAAGACACAAUUACCUUAUAAAGUCAUGGAGAGAUCAGUUUACUGUUCAAGAUUAUUUAUAGAAAAUAUGAAACGUAAUAAGAUAUUACAAGAUUUUGAAAUUGUUGUAUUAGAAGAAUGGUUUGAUUGGUGUAUAAAAAAUGCUGACAUAGAAACAGAUUUAAUAAUAUAUUUAAGGACGAGUCCAGAAAUUGUUUACCAAAGAAUGCGUAUACGAGCUCGUAAAGAGGAAAAUUCUGUGUCAUUGGAAUACCUGAAACAAAUUCAUGAAAUACAUGACGAAUGGCUACUAUACCAAAGCUUGUUCUCUUUGCCAGCACCAGUUAUUGUCUUAGAUGGAAAUAAAAGCAUUGAAGAGAUGGUAGCUGAAUUUGAUAAAUGUAAAAAUAAAAUUUUUACUCAACAAAGAGAAGGUGAAAAUGACACAAUAACUGCAAAUACAACUAUCUCAGCUACACAUGGAUUAAAAGAAAUAAAAACAGUAGAUAUAUGUAAAUAAUAUAUAAGUAUUCUUUUCGGCAUUUAAUUGUACCAAAUACUUAGUAUCUCAUUUCCUUCUUGUUAUAAAUACAUAGUAUAAUAUAAAAAUGUGAAUUUUCAUGAUAAAUACAAUAUCGAUUUUCUCUUAUUAAA